GACGUAUCACGUUAAUUUGAAAAUAUUUCACGCGCUGCACGUGUAUUGUUUAUGAUUGAAAAUAUUUUUAAAAAUCAGUUUUAAUAAAUAACUAUAUAAAAUUAAAUCUUGUCAUUCUAGAAACAGCGCCACGUUUGAUAUAAACGAGAAAACUCCUAUAAGUAUUUAAAUUCUGGAGAGCACGUGUUUUCUAUAUCAUAUAUCAUAUAACGCUUUGUAGGAUAGUAUACACAAAAAAUAAUUAUUAUAUUUUUAUGUACAUAAAAAGCAAUCACAAAAACAUUUGUUAAAUGGCUUGGAAAUUUAAUACAUCAUGUGAUAUUUAGAAAUACAUAUGCAUUAAGUAGAAGUUACUGUAUAUAUUCUUCAAUGACCUAGAAGUAACUUCUACCUUCAUUGCUAUUUAAUGCAUGUUAAUUAUAAUGUUAUCUUGUAAUCUAGAACAAAUAGCUUAUUGCAGCAAUGCCUUAUUUUUAAGAUUUCCUUCAGGUUGAGUUUAAAUAUUGAAAUUUCAGUGUCUUAGUAUUCAAUGUUUUGUUGAUGCGUAACAAAUUAUACAAGUGUCAAAUUUUUAUAUUAAUGAUGACCAUUCUGAGUAUACAAAAAAGAAAUUGCAUUUGUUUGGAAAUAAAUCUAAUAUAAAGAAAAUGGUACUGUAUAAAUUUUAUAAUACCAUUUAAAGAAAAUGGUAUUAGAAAGAUUAAAUGUGGUUGAACUGUCUAUCUCAAACAUGUUCAUUUCAAAAUUUAUUUUCUCCUCUGCAUUUUCAGUCUAAAUUCAAUAUAUUUUCCAUGUUUAUCUUAAAUAAUUUUCUCUCAAAACAUCUCUAUAUCUCAAAUUAUGGACUGAAGUGUCAAUUACAAUUUCAAAGCUCAACGAAUAUCUUUUGAUAGCAUAAAUUGCAGUUGGGAAACAUCUCUUGCAAUACGAUAUAUAGUUACAAUUAAUUUACACUACUUUUCUUUGAUUGGCUAUGAGUUUGGUUUGCAUCUAUGAGUUUGGUAUGUCAAAAAUGUUUUAUUUAUACAUAAUACAGGUAUGUUCUGUAUUAAUGAAAUGCUGUACCUCCAAUCAAACCUAUUACUGUUUCCUGUGUAGAAACCUGUCUGUCUCAAAUUUUUCUCUUGUUCCCAUGAGAUUAGAGAUAGACAGGUUCAACUGUAUUUAUAUAAUAAAUUAUAUGUGGAUGACAAAUUCUAUAUUUGUACAUUGAUGAUGAUCUUUGGCCAGCAAUAUUGGAAAGAUCAAAAUAUAUUGAAUCAUAAGAUACAGAAAUAGUUCAAUAUAAUGUUUCUUUUGUAGAGAGAUUAGUUCACACUAAGUAUAAAGAUAAAAUAAAAGAUAAUGUUUAUGUUACAGAAUUCUGAGAUGUAAUUAAUGCAAUGGAUAUAUUUUCUUAGUGGAAACUUUGUAUGAAGAUGCUAAAGUGAAUUUACUUAAGGAAAAGUUUACAGUUCUUUGUAUAUCAUCAUAUAAAGAACAUGGUAUUGGUAGAGCUAGUGGAGGAAGAUAGAUAAUGAAUAAGAGAAAUUUUGAAGAUAGAGUUGGUAUUCCAUCAGGAAUGGUUCGAAUAAUUUCAUGUCAUCAUUUCUUGUCCCAAGAUGUAUUUUUAUCAGAUUCUGAACCUGUAGCACUAUGUACUGCUCAGGAAAAAUUAUUAGUGGCAACACUCCAUCAUAGUAUUGAAGUGCGUGAUUUAGAUCAUAGAGGUCGUAUCCUUCACACAUUUCCUACUGUGGAUCGUGUGAAACAAGUAAUUUAUUGUGAUGCUGGUAAUUACGUCGCAACAUUAGAAAGGAAAUCUUCAAGACAUUCUAAUCCCAUUACCUAUGUGAGAGUAUAUUUGAACUGGUGGAUUGAUAUGAAAGGUCAGCCUAUGAGAGUUCGCAUAGCAGGAUGUGUUACACCCAGUAGUCAGUCAGGUAGUGGACAGUUAGAAAUGGUUGAACUACCCUUAGAUGAAAUGGCCCUAACUAUAUGUUGUUGUAAAAAAACAGCAUCACUUGUUAUUGGCAAAGGCAAAGUUCUUAGUGUAUAUUCAUAUAAUUUAAAAAUACAUGACAUUUCAAAACAGAGAUUUCAUGACUUUGAUCAUUUAAUGGAUAUAUCACUUAAUUUCCCUGUUCAAGAAAUGACUUUAGUUGAAGAUUAUUUUGCUUGCAUGUCAACAAAUGAAAUUCAAGUAUUUCGUGUUAUUUUUGAUGUAAUUCAAGACCCUACAGAUGUUUCAGAAAAUAUGUCAUCUUCAGGAAUUUCUGAAAAAAAUAAAUCUAUUCAAUCUGAUAAUAAUUUUAAAACAGAUAAUCAAGAUGAUUGUAUUGAAUGGUGUUUUGAAACAUAUUUUGAUACUUUAUGCACAAAUAAUGGCCAACAGUUAUCUUCUAUACUUCAUGAAAAUUCUUUUCCUGUAACUAUUCAGCUUCCUAGUAUAAUGAAAAUUAAUCAGAUAGGUAAUAUAAAACCUUAUAAUAAUGAAAUUUGUGGUCCUGUAGUUAAUAUUCCAGGAUGCUAUGUUGAAGUAAAAAUUAAUCCAAAAUAUGAGACAUGUGAGAACAUCACUAUUAGUAAAGCUCAAGUGAUUACAUUACUCUACAGAUACUUUCCUGAGAAUGGAGAUCAUGGUGGAUUACAGGGAUUAAACCUUUGUCCAUUUUAUGUUGAAGAUAAAUUUAAUAGAUUAAUGGUGGAUCCUUUAAGUGCUGCUGUUGCUGUAUCAGAGUCAUACUUUCUUAGUAAUUCACCAUUACAUUCCCCAUCAUAUCAUAAAUUGAAAGGAUUAGGUUGCUUUCUCUGUGGAUCACAAGUUGGUUAUUUAUAUGAUGUGAUGACAAAUCCACAGUUAAUUUGUCAAUAUACAUUCACUGCAUCAAUGAAAAGUGUUGCUGUAGAACCAGAAUUAAUUCAUGUGUUAACUGAGACUGGUCUAGAAACAUAUACUUCACGAUUAAGCCAUAAAAUAAUUCAACAUAUUGAAAAUAUUGAUAAUCUUGGAAAUUCUUGUCCAAAUAGUGAAGAAGCUGUUUGUCUUCUUGGUUUAAGACCAUUUCUUGGAGUUGAACAGCUUGCUCUUUCAGAAAAUCACCUGGUUCUUGUUUCAACAACAGAUGAUUCAAUAUCCAGUACAGAGUCUAUUGAUGGUGCAAGCUGUACUAUAUAUUCUUUAAAAAAACCAACUCCACAACAGCUUUAUUGGGAUUUGUUUGAAAUGGGAGAAUAUCAUAAGAAUUCAAGUCCUUCUACUUAUAUUCAUCUUCUUAGUGAAGCACAUAUGAUUUUAAGAAGUUACUUGUUGUUAGAAGAAGGAAAAUGCUGUGAUAAGGAGAUAAAAAAUCUCUAUUUUACAUCAUGUACAUUAAUGGCAGAGCAUUUUAUAAGUUGUGAUGUCUCACAGGACAGAUUAUUAGCUGUUCCCUAUUUCAAUUUAUCUCAAUUAGCAAUAGAAAAUGUUAUUCAACGUGUCAUUGCUCUACAUAAUCAGUCAAAUCAAGAUAUUCAUAUUUUGAAGAUACUAAUUUUAUAUCUAGAUUACAAGUUAUUAAAAUCAAAUAAUUCUUUUGAAUUAUCUCAGUCAACUGCUGAGAUGAUUUUGGAUAUAUAUUCAGAGGUUGCAUCAGAUAAUUUAUGGAAAUUGAUCUUAUUAUCAGGAAUAUCCUCAUAUAAAUUAGAAAAAGCUAUAUUAUUAUUGAAGAAAAGAAUUACAAGUAAGAAAAAUACUGCUGCAGAUACUUUAGCAAUUGCUGUGUUGCUAUUGAAGAAGGGAAAUAAAGAUGCUGCACAAAAUAUGCUUUUAUCCUUAUCAAAAGAUGAAUUGUGUACAUUAUUACAUUCUAUUCAAAAAUUAUUAUGGAAUGAAGAAUUUUCUGUUUCUGCUGUUGGACAGAGUGAUUCUUCAAAUUUACUUGAUCAUAAUAUUCCAUUACUAAAGGAAUUAUUAGAGAGUUUGUUAAACAAAAAAAAAUAUGCUGACCAUGUUAAUAAGGAUAUAAUAUUAAUGAUGGUGAAAAUAUAUAUUAAACGAUUAGAAGAAAAUACAAAACGGACACUUCCAGGUUAUCAUAUAACAUUAUCAACAGGCAUGAUGAAGCCAUCUUCUUUUUAUGGAAACAGACAAUCAUGGCUAAAUAGUGUUCCUCCUUUUAAUGGUCAAGGAAUUAGUAGAACAUGUAUAAAUGAAAAAAAAUUAGAAAAUAAUUUACAAGAUAAUUAUUGUUCUUGUUGGAAUUGUAAUGAAGAUUUUCUUAAAUUGCAGUCUCUGUUAUGUAGCAAUCUUACCAGUAAAGAAAUUCUUGAUUAUUCUUAUAACUUACUAGAGACUACUGAAAUAAAAUUAGGAGAUAUAUUGAAAAUAUUAUGUUCUGAUAAAAAAACUGCAAUAAAAUUAUUAUUGGACAAUUAUAUUAAUGCAGUGCUUCCAUAUGCUUUUGAUAAUUUUACUGAUGAAGAAGAAGAGUGGUGUUAUUUAUUAUCUUUACUGAGAAAUAAAUUAGAUGCAACUGAUGAAGAAAAACACAGUACAUUACACCAAACUUUUCAAGGUGUUCUUUCUCAUCUUUCUGAAAUUCUUCAUCCAGCAAAGUUUGUUGCUCUUUUAAAUAAAGAUGAAAAAUGUUAUAUUCCAUUCAUUAAACGAUGCAUAGAAAAACACCAGGCUAAUCAACUUAAGGAAAAAAUUAUGUCUCUAGGAAUGGAAAUUAAAGCAAUGAUGUAAUAGAAAAAUUUUUAUUUUGUUAAAAUUUGAAAUGGUGUGAGAUUUUUAAUUAGUAUUGUGUCUUUUCAACACUAGAUGCCAUUGAUUAUAAGACUAGGUAUUGAUUUAAAAUUGAAAUGGCACAAAAAAUUAUUUAUUAACUCUACUAUAAAUUUAUAAAAAUUGAAAAAAUUGUUUUAUUUAUAUAAUUAUCUAUACAUUUUAUUUUGGCUAAAAUGCUAAACAGAUAAAUGAAAAAGGUUUAUUUAUCCAUGCAUCUUUUUUACUUUUCUGUAUGUAUAACAUAUGUCUGUUUCUGUUUAAAUAGUAAAUAGAAUCAACAUUUUGUUUAAAUUCAAUACCUAUAUACACCUGUCCAAAACUUAGGGAUGGAUGACAUUUCUACAUGAAUAGAGAGAAAUGUAGAUGAAUACAUGACAAGAACUGUACUUCCUGACAUCUAACAGAACAAUUUGCAGGACUUUAUAAAUUAAAGUAAUAAAAUUAAAUCUUUAGUGAAAAAGAUACUUACAGCAGUUCAACAUAGAUGGAGAAUGGAUGGAAAGUGCUGACCAAUACCUAGACAGAGAAACCUGUCAGCAUGGAAUAUGUCCAACUUAAAGUGCAAUGCAGCACUAACAAUGUCAUGGUAGGCUCAUUACCAACUGGCUCGGUGACUUUUCCUAGCAAUUGUGUUUAUCCCUAAGUUUUGAACAUGAGUAGUAUAGCAAAUGCACUUAACUGAAGUUAUAGUAGAGUAAAUAGAUGCUAUGAAGGUCGGUCAUGUUCAAGUAGUGACACCUUUGCAUCUUCACUUGACAAUUGUCAAGUUUUUUUUUACAUUUAUUGUAAGAUGAUUUUAAUUUCCAAAAUGUUAAAAUAUGAAAAACAUGUUUAAGAAUUCAGGAAAUAUGAUAUUAAUUGAACAAAAUAUUCUAAAAAAUUCAGAUAUUUAUAAGCUUGCCAACUCUGUACGAGUUGAUUUUGGAAGAUUUCCAUUUCAAGAGAUUCAAUGUAUUUUGCUCUCAGCAAUAUCAAAGCACUAAUUCCUAUUCUUUAGUCUGUUUUAAUAUAUAAUUGAAAAGUUGAUAAUUUUGUCAAGUAAAUACAGGAAGAAUAAAAUUCAGUUUAGGACUCCAAGAAUUUCAAAAUUUUUGCCAAAGUUUGGAGUCUCCAAAUAAGUCUAUGGGAGUUGGCAGAUACAUAGGCUGUUUUUUUUCCAAGCUCCAAUGGUCCAUAAAACAAAGACAAGUGUAAAUAAUAAAAUGAAUUUA